ACAUUCUGUGCAGACCACAGAAGAAGGCGAAAAAGACGGGAAAAAAAGAAGCAGAAGAAGAGCAUCACAACAACCAGAAAAAAUUGAGUUCUAGCUACAUGAAUGAACAAUUAAGCUAACACGUUGUGCUUAUUUGUUUUGUUUUUUAACCCCUGGCAGACAAAUUAAUUUAUCCAUACGUAGAAGCCGCCUUGAAGUUGUCGGCCUUUAAAUUCAUACAUUCACAACAAGCUGCUGUCGGGGUUUGCAGGCAAACUGCCUGUAGCUAAUCGACAACAAAGAGACUACAGCUGUACGCCGUAGUCAUACCGUUAGCGUUGGUGCCAAAAUCCUUCAUUUUUUCCUUCGUUUUCCGUCAAGUAGUCAGACUGACAUGACGGGGAUGGCUUCUCCAGAGAAGGCGUCAAGCUCAAAAAAGAAGGGCGAGAGAAAGUGUGCCACCAAAGAGGAGUACAGGCAACUGUCCAGCAUCAUGGGAGUCAUGAACAAUUUGAGAAAACAGGGUACUCUCUGUGAUGUGACCUUGGUGGUUCAGGGAAAGCACUUCCCUGCCCACCGAGUGGUGCUUGCUGCUGCCAGCCACUUCUUUAGCCUCAUGUUCACCACCAGAAUGAUGGAGUCAAUGUCCCACGAGGUGGAGCUCAGGAGUGCUGAGCCUGAGAUUAUUGAGCUGCUGAUUGAAUUUAUCUACACUGCAAGAAUCUCCGUGAACAGCAGUAAUGUCCAGUCACUGCUGGAUGCAGCCAACCAGUAUCAGAUUGAACCUGUGAAGAGGAUGUGUGUGGAGUUCCUUAAAGGACAGAUUGAUGCAACAAACUGCCUAGGCAUUUCAGCCCUUGCAGACUGCAUGGACUGUCCAGAGCUGAAGGCGGCUGCAGAUGAUUUUUUUCAGAUUCACUUCACUGAAGUCUAUAAAUUGGAUGAAUUCCUGCAACUGGAUGUUGCGCAGCUCACACAUCUGCUGCACCAGGACAAACUCACCGUCCGUGCUGAGGCCCAGAUUUAUGACGCUGCAGUGCGCUGGCUGAAGUAUGAUGUGUGUAACAGAAAGCAGUACAUGGUGGAGGUGUUGGGGUGCGUUCGCUUUCCACUGGUUUCCAAAACAUUCCUCUCCAAGACUGUCCAGGCUGAGCCCCUCAUCCAGGACAAUCCACAGUGCCUCAAGAUGGUCAUCGGUGGGAUGCGUUACCACCUGCUCUCCCUGGAAGACCGUGAAGACCUGGGAGAGAGCAGUCGGCCACGACGCAAGAAGCACGACUACCGCAUUGCUCUGUUUGGCGGCUCACAGCCUCAGUCCUGCCGCUACUUUAACCCGAAGGACUCUAGCUGGACCGACAUCCGCUGCCCCUUUGAAAAGCGCCGUGACGCCACAGCUGUCUUCUGGGACAAUGUGGUUUACAUUUUGGGUGGCUCACAGCUCUUUCCCAUCAAGCGUAUGGACUGCUACAACGUCCUGAAGGACAGCUGGUACUCCAAGCUGGGUCCACCCACACCUCGCGACAGUCUGGCUGCCUGCGCUGCCCAGGGAAAGAUCUAUACAUCUGGGGGAUCAGAAGUAGGCAGCUCAGCCCUGGACCUUUUCGAAUGCUACGACACCAGGACAGAGUCAUGGCAGAUCAAAACAAGUAUGCUGAUGGCGCGCUGCAGCCAUGGAUCCGUGGAGGCCAACGGGCUCAUUUAUGUUUGUGGAGGAACGGUGGGGAACAAUGUCUCUGGCAGAGUACUCAACAACUGUGAGGUCUACGACCCCAACACGCAACAAUGGAGGGAGUUAUGUGGGAUGAGAGAGGCCAGGAAGAACCAUGGACUGGUGGUUGUAAACAACAGGAUAUAUGCUGUUGGAGGGCAGGGAGCAAUAGGUGGACUGGACUCGGUUGAAUACUAUGAUAUUGCAACUAACGAGUGGCGUGGCGCUUCACCUAUGCCGUGGCGAGGUGUAACUGUGAAGUGUGCGGCAGUUGGUGAUAUCAUCUAUGUGCUGGCAGGAUUCCAAGGAGUGGGACGCCUUGGACACGCCCUGGAAUACCACACUGAAACUGACAGGUGGGUGACUUGCAACAAGGUGCGAGCGUUUCCCGUCACGAGCUGCCUGAUCUGUGUGGUCGACACCUGCGGAGUCAACGAAGACGAAGACAUGGACCUCAUAGACUCUCAGCCACAUGCUGCAGCCACUGCCUCAUCAUCUUCCUCAGCCUCAUCAUCGUCAUAG